AUGGGAUCAGAGCAUAGGCGGCACAGCACAGGCUCGAGGCGUUUACAUAUUCAGUGUAGACCACUAAUCGCAGCGCAACAUGGAAUGAAAAUUAACCAUGCAUCAAUGUUAAACAUAUCCUCUCCAUCCGAGGACAAGCCGUUUCAUCAUUGGCGAGGCGAGCUCGAUUUCUAUGCCAACCCCCAACGCCUACGCUAA